AUUUCUUCAAUGAAUAUCAUACUCAUCACUCACGACAAGAGCCUGCAUUUGAGCAACGGCAAGAAUUAUAUCAACUUUACCAUUGGUUGAAUCAUUAUUAUUUGUUCGGUGGCGGAUAUCGAGAAACUUCUAUAUCAAUUAUGAAAAAACUACGCAAUUUAGUUGAUGAAUAA